CGCCGCCGCCCCCGACGGAGGCCGAGGGACGGGGCGGGGGGCUCCCGCAGGAGGGCUGUUGGCCUGCUGCUGUGCUGCUGAACAGUAUGCAGUCCUUUCGGGAGCAAAGCAGUUACCACGGAAACCAGCAGAGCUACCCACAGGAAGUACACAGCUCAUCUCGCAUCGAAGAGUUCAGUCCUCGUCAGGCCCAGAUGUUCCAGAAUUUUGGUGGCACAGGUGGUAGUAGUGGUGGCGGCAGCAGCGGCAGUGGUGGAGGACGGCGAGGGACAGCAGCUGCUGCUGCAGCAAUGGCUAGUGAGACCUCUAGCCAUCAAGGCUAUCAGGGUUUCAGGAAAGAGGCUGGAGAUUUUUACUACAUGGCAGGCAACAAAGAUCCCGUGUCAGCAGGAACCCCACAGCCUCCUCAGAGAAGGCCUUCUGGGCCUGUGCAGAGCUAUGGACCUCCCCAGGGGAGCAGCUUUGGCAAUCAGUAUGGGAGUGAGGGUCAUGUGGGCCAAUUUCAAGCACAGCACUCUGCCCUAGGUGGUGUGUCUCAUUAUCAGCAGGAUUACACAGGGCCGUUCUCUCCUGGGAGUGCUCAGUACCAACAACAGGCCUCCAGUCAGCAGCAGCAGCAACAACAGCAGCAACAGCAGCAGCAGCAGCAGCAGCAGCAACAAGUACAACAAUUGAGACAACAGCUUUACCAGUCACAUCAGCCUCUGCCACAAGCCACUGGCCAGCCAGCCUCUGGCUCAUCCCAUCUACAGCCAAUGCAGCGGCCCUCAACUCUGCCAUCCUCUGCUGCUGGUUAUCAGUUAAGAGUGGGUCAGUUUGGCCAACACUACCAGUCUUCUGCUUCCUCUUCCUCCUCCUCCUCCUUUCCUUCCCCACAACGUUUUAGUCAGUCUGGACAGAGCUAUGAUGGCAGUUACAGUGUGAAUGCUGGAUCUCAGUAUGAAGGGCAUAAUGUGGGUUCCAACGCACAGGCUUAUGGAACACAAUCAAAUUACAGCUAUCAGCCUCAGUCUAUGAAAAAUUUUGAACAGUCAAAGAUUCCACAAGGGACCCAGCAGGGGCAGCAACCUCAGCAGCAGCAACCACAGCCUCAGCCUCAGCAGCCGCAGCAGCCGCAACAACAGCAGCAGCAGCAACAGCAACAGCAACAACAGCACCCUCCUCAGCAUGUGAUGCAGUAUACCAAUGCUGCCACCAAGAUGCCCCUGCAAAGCCAGGUUGGGCAGUACAACCAGCCUGAGGUUCCUGUGAGAUCUCCGAUGCAGUUUCACCAGAAUUUCAGUCCCAUUUCUAAUCCUUCUCCAGCGGCCUCUGUGGUUCAGUCUCCAAGCUGUAGUUCGACCCCUUCACCUCUUAUGCAGAGUGGGGAAAAUCUCCAGUGCGGACAAGGCAGUGUGCCCAUGGGUUCCAGAAACCGAAUUUUACAGCUGAUGCCUCAACUCAGUCCAACCCCAUCAAUGAUGCCAAGUCCUAAUUCUCAUGCUGCAGGCUUUAAAGGGUUUGGGCUAGAAGGGGUACCAGAAAAGCGGCUGACAGAUCCUGGGUUAAGUAGUCUGAGUGCUCUGAGUACUCAAGUGGCCAAUCUUCCUAAUACUGUCCAACACAUGCUACUUUCUGAUGCCCUGACACCUCAGAAGAAGACCUCUAAGAGGCCCUCCUCAUCCUCUAAGAAAGCAGAUAGCUGCACAAACUCAGAAGGCUCCUCGCAGCCUGAAGAACAACUGAAGUCCCCUAUGGCAGAGUCACUGGAUGGAGGCUGCUCCAGCAGUUCAGAGGAUCAAGGGGAGAGAGUGAGGCAACUAAGUGGCCAGAGCACUAGCUCUGACACCACCUACAAGUGUGGAGCCUCGGAGAAAGCUGGCUCCUCGCCAGCACAAGGUGCUCAGAAUGAGCCCUCCACACUUAGUGCCAGUCCUGCAGCUAGAGAAGAAGCCACCUCACCAGGCAGUAAGGACACACCACUGUCGUCUGAAGGGAAUGCAAAAGUCAAUGAGAAAACAGUUGGGGUGAUUGUCUCCCGGGAAGCCAUGACAGGUCGGGUAGAAAAGCCUUGUGGUCAAGAUAAAGGCUCCCAAGAGGAAGAUCCCACAGUGACUCAGAGGCCACCUAGCAACAGUGGGAUAAAGGAAGCCAGUCACACAUCACUUCCACAGCCAGACCCUCCAGGAGGAGGAAGCAAAGGAAACAAGAACAGUGAUAACAGCUCCAACCACAAUGGAGAGGGAAAUGGCCCAAGUAGCCACUCUAUAGUGGGUCCAGCUUUCACAGGCAGGACUGAGCCUAGCAAAGCUCCUGGAAGUCUGCGCUAUAGCUACAAAGAGAGCUUUGGGUCAGCUAUGCCACGAAAUGUCAGUGGUUUUCCUCAGUAUCCUUCAGGGCAAGAGAAGGGUGAUUUUGUGGGCCAUGGGGAACGAAAGGGUAGAAAUGAGAAAUUCCCCAGCCUGCUACAGGAAGUGCUUCAGGGUUACCACCACCACCCUGACAGGAGGUAUUCUAGAGGUGCCCAAGAACAUCAGGGGAUGGCAGGAGGCCUGGAAGGGACUUCACGGCCCAACAUCUUAGUUAGUCAAACCAAUGAAUUAGCCAGCAGGGGCCUUCUGAACAAGAGCAUUGGUACUCUGUUAGAAAACCCCCAUUGGGGUCCCUGGGAAAGGAAAUCAGGCAGCACAGCUCCUGAAAUGAAGCAGAUCAAUUUGGCUGACUACCCAAUUCCCAGAAAAUUUGAAAUAGAGCCUCCCUCGUCAGCCCCUGAGUCUGGGGUCUCCCUUUCUGAAAGGAGAUCAGUGAUCUGUGAUAUUUCUCCUCUAAGACACAUUGUCAGGGAUCCAGGGGCUCACUCAUUGGGACACGUGGGUGCUGACCCCAGAUUGGGGAGGAAUGAACGACUCAACCCAAGUUUAAGUCAGUCAGUUAUUCUCCCGGGUGGGUUGGUGUCCAUGGAAACAAAACUGAAAUCCCAGAGUGGGCAGAUAAAAGAAGAAGACUUUGAACAAUCCAAAUCCCAAGCCAGUUUCAACAAGAAAUCUGGAGACCACUGCCAUCCUACUAGCAUCAAGCAUGAAUCUUACCGUGGUAAUGCCAGUCCUGGAGCAGCAGUGCAUGAUUCCCUUUCAGACUAUGGUCCACAAGAGAGCAGGUCCACACCAAUGCGGAGGGUCCCUGGUAGAGUUGGUAGUCGGGAAGCCAUGAGGGGUCGGUCCACUUCUCAGUACCAUGAGUUUGCAGAAAAACUGAAGAUGUCUCCUGGAAGGAGCAGAGGCCCAGGGGGAGACCCUCAUCACAUGAACCCACACCUGACCUUUUCAGAGAGAGCCAACAGAAGCUCUUUGCAUGCUCCCUUUUCUCCCAACUCAGAAAGCCUGGCUUCUGCUUACCACACAAACGCUCGGGCUCAUGCCUAUGGGGACCCUAACGCAAGUUUGAAUUCUCAGCUUCAUUAUAAGCGACAGAUGUACCAACAGCAACAAGAGGAGUAUAAAGAUUGGAGCAGCAGUUCUGCUCAGGGAGUGAUUGCUGCUGCCCAACACAGGCAGGAGGGGCCACGGAAGAGCCCACGGCAACAGCAGUUUCUUGACAGAGUACGGAGCCCCCUGAAGAAUGACAAAGAUGGUAUGAUGUAUGGCCCACCAGUAGGGACUUACCAUGACCCCAGCCCUCAAGAAGCUGGGCGCUGUCUCAUGUCAAGUGAUGGUCUGCCUUCCAAAGGCAUGGAAUUGAAGCAUGGCUCUCAGAAGUUACAACAAGAAUCUUGCUGGGAUCUUUCUCGGCAAACUUCUCCAGCCAAAAGUAGUGGACCUCCAGGAAUGUCCAACCAAAAACGUUAUGGCCCACCCCAUGAAACAGAUGGACAUGGACUAGCUGAUUCUGCGCAGUCAUCCAAACCUAGUAAUGUAAUGCAAAGGCUUCCGGGGCAAGAGGACCACUCUUCUCAAAACCCCUUAAUAAUGCGGAGGCGCGUCCGAUCUUUUAUCUCCCCCAUUCCCAGUAAAAGACAGUCACAGGAUGUAAAGAACAGUAACACCGACGACAGGGGGCGCCUCCUUCACCCAUCAAAAGAAGGUGCUGAUAAAGCAUUCAGUUCCUAUGCCCGUCUUUCUCACAGUCAGGAUAUCAAGUCUAGUCCUAAGAGAGAUUCCUCCAGGGACCUUCCAAACCCAGACAGUAGAAACUGCCCAGCUGUCACCCUCACAAGCCCUGCUAAGACCAAAAUACUGCCCCCACGGAAAGGGCGGGGGUUGAAAUUGGAAGCUAUAGUUCAGAAAAUCACAUCCCCAAAUAUUAGAAGGAGUGCCUCCACAAACAGUGCUGAAGUCGGGGGAGACACGGUCACACUGGAUGACAUUCUGUCUUUGAAGAGCGGUCCUUCUGAGGGUGGAACUGUGGCUACUCAGGAGGCUGAAAUGGAGAAGAGAAAAGGCGAGGUGGCAUCUGAUCUAGCUAGUGCAAGUACCCAGGAGUCAAAUAUUGAAAAGCCUCUCCCAAGGAACACAUCCGAAGAGUGGCGUGUCAGUGGAGACGACAAAGUGAAGGCAGAAGGACACCCAGACACAGUCCCUCCUGGAAAGGAGCCCCCUGGUGCCAUGACAUCCACAACCUCACAGAAGCCUGGCAGUAACCAAGGGAGACCAGAUGGUUCCCUGGGUGGGGCAGCACCAUUAAUCUUUCCAGACUCAAAGAAUGUAGCUCCUGUGGGCAUAUUAGCCCCUGAGGCAAACCCCAAGCCUGAAGAGAAAGAGAAUGAUACAGUCACAAUUUCACCCAAACAAGAGAGUUUCCCCCCAAAGGGGUAUUUCCCGUCAGGAAAGAAGAAGGGGAGGCCUAUUGGUAGUGUGAAUAAGCAAAAGAAGCAGCAACAGCCACCACCUCCACCACCCCAACCCCCUCAGAUUCCAGAAGGUUCUGCAGAUGGAGAGCCAAAGCCAAAAAAGCAGAGGCAGAGAAGGGAGAGAAGGAAGCCCGGGGCUCAGCCCAGAAAACGGAAAACCAAACAAGCAGUUCCUAUUGUAGAACCCCAAGAACCAGAGAUCAAGCUAAAAUAUGCCACCCAGCCACUGGAUAAAACUGAUGCCAAGAACAAGUCUUUUUUCCCUUAUAUUCAUGUAGUAAAUAAGUGUGAACUUGGAGCUGUUUGUACAAUCAUCAAUGCUGAAGAGGAGGAACAGACCAAAUUGGUGAGGAGCCGGAAGGGUCAAAGGUCCCUGACCCCUCCCCCCAGCAGCACUGAAAGCAAGGUGCUUCCAGCUUCAUCCUUCAUGCUGCAGGGGCCUGUGGUGACAGAGUCUUCUGUCAUGGGGCACCUGGUUUGCUGUCUGUGUGGCAAGUGGGCCAGUUACCGGAACAUGGGUGACCUCUUUGGACCCUUUUAUCCCCAAGAUUAUGCAGCCACUCUCCCGAAGAAUCCACCUCCUAAGAGGGCCACAGAAAUGCAGAGCAAGGUCAAGGUUCGGCACAAAAGCGCUUCCAACGGUUCCAAGACGGACACGGAGGAGGAAGAAGAGCAGCAGCAUCAAAAGGAGCAGAGGAGCCUGGCUGCGCAUCCCAGGUUCAAGCGGCGCCACCGCUCAGAAGACUGUGGAGCAGGCCCUCGGUCCCUGUCCAGGGGGCUCCCGUGUAAAAAAGCAGCCACUGAGGGCAGCAGCGAAAAGACUGUUUUGGACGCAAAGCCCUCUGUACCCACCACUUCAGAAGGUGGCCCUGAGCUGGAGUUACAAAUCCCUGAACUACCUCUUGACAGCAAUGAAUUUUGGGUCCAUGAGGGUUGUAUUCUCUGGGCCAAUGGAAUCUACCUGGUCUGCGGCAGGCUCUAUGGCCUGCAGGAAGCGCUGGAAAUAGCCAGAGAGAUGAAAUGCUCCCACUGCCAGGAGGCCGGCGCUACCUUGGGCUGCUAUAAUAAAGGCUGCUCCUUCCGAUACCAUUACCCAUGUGCCAUCGACGCAGAUUGUUUGCUGCAUGAGGAGAACUUCUCGGUGAGGUGCCCCAAGCACAAGCCUCCCCCUCCAUGCCCUCUUCCCCCCUUGCAGAGCAAGACCACGAAAGGCAGCCUCAGCACAGAGCAGUCGGAGCGGGGGUGAGGGGCAGUGAGCACGUGGGAGUGGACAGCAAGCACAGGUGAGACUGUGGAGAUGAGAAGGUGGUGGACACAGGAAUGGAAUGGGAUCGUCCUGCCGUGCAGCCACACCCCGCCCCGCCCCGCCCCGCCUCGCCAGCACUUCCUUCCUAUGUUCUCACAUCACUCAAAACAGUGACACCACAGGAAAGAAAGACACAAGAUGUUGGAAUGGCUGUUUCCAUGGAUACAAUCUCCAUAGUGACAAUGUGGGGGGAGGGGGAG